AUGACCGAGCUAUCGCAAAGGCCGGGUGCGUCCGCAACCGGGCCCUCGACUCCCAACUCGGAAGGCAGCUCCGGAGAAGUCGGGAGAAAGCUUCAGACUGAUGGAAACGAGUCUAGCAUUUAUAGCGGAAGCGUCCAUGGCCAACCAGGAACCGUACAAAGCCACCAGAGAGUCGUGGAGGCGGUGCAAAAGGAGAUGCCAGGCUGGGACUGGGACUCGGAUCCGAUAAACCCUUUCAACUGGCCGAGAAGUAGGAAACUGGGUCAAGUAUGGAUGGCCGCUUCUGUGAGCCUUGCUGCGACGUUCGGCACAUCCAUCAUCACCCCCGGCCGUGGCCAACUGAUGCAAGAGUAUGGCGUGUCCGGCACCGUGGCCAUCCUGCCGCUUUCCCUGUACGUGCUCGCCCUCGCCCUCGGCCCCAUCGUCGGCGGGCCGCUCUCCGAGACGGUGGGUAGGUACCCCGUGUAUAUGGCCUCCACGCCGCUGGGCGUCGUCUUCACCGUCGGCGCGGGCCUCUGCCCAACCUUCGCCGGCGUCUGCGCCCUCCGGUUCCUCGCCGGCUUCUGCGUCGCGCCCUCGCUCGCCAUCGUCGCCGGCGUGCUGAGCGAGACGUUCCGCCCGGCCGAGCGCGGCCUGCCCUCGACCGUCUUCCUCCUGAUGACCUUCAUGGGCCCCGGCGUCGCGCCCGUCGUCGGGUCCUUCGUGGUCCAGCGCCAGGGCUGGCGCUGGUCCCAGUGGGUCCUGGCGCUCUUCCUCGGCUUCGGCCUGGCCGUCUCCCUCGCCCUCGGCCGCGAGACGUACCACCCGGUCCUGAAACGCCGGCGGGCCAGGCAGCUCGGUCUCUCCGGAGAGUCGUCGGGGUCUUGGAGAGCUAGGGCCGGCGAGUUCGUCACGAUUGCGCUUGCGAGGCCGCUGCACAUGCUUUUCACGGAGCCCGUCGUGGGCUUUGUGUGUCUGUACGUGGCGUGCGAGUUCGCCACGCUCUUCAGCUUCUUCGCCGCCGUUCCGUACGUUUUCGCCACUGUGUACUCGUUUGCGCUCGAGCAGUCCGGGCUUGUCUUCCUCGCCAUGGUUUUCGGCUGCAUCCUAGGCUCCCUGACCGUCGUCCUCUGCGAGAUCCUGCUCUACCGUCGGCAGUUGCUCAAGUACGCGCCAGGCGGAGUACCACCGGAGCAUCGACUGUAUCCCGCCAUGGUCGGGAGCGCCUGCCUUCCUUUGGGGCUCUUUUGGUUUGCCUGGACUGCCCGUCCAGAGAUAUCGUGGGUGAGCCCCGUCGUUGCCAUCGUUCCAUUCGCUAUGGGGAACUUUUGCAUUUUUGUCAGUCUAACUCAGUAUUUAACCGACACGUAUACUGGCUCCAACAUUGCGAGCGCUAUGAGUGCCAACAGUCUGGCGAGCAAGGACACCCAGACAGCACAGGAUUAG